AUGUCUGGCAACUUCCUGGCUAGGGCGUCGAGGCAGUCGGUCCGGAGGGUGGCAACAGGAAGCCACAGCAAAGGAAUCACCUUGUUUCGCCCCCGGCGCUACGCCUCAUCCAGCGCUGCUUCGUCGACUAGGCAGAGCUCUUCGGGAUCAAUAGGAGUCUCGGCCGUGGUUGCCGUAGCUUUGGCGGCUGGUCUGGUCGGAUAUGGCGCUGCCGUAUCACUCGGAGCCGGCGGUACUGUCCGUGAAGAUACUCCCAUAAUACACGACAGUAGGCUACCGACGCCCAAGUAUGCAAGCCUGGCAGAUAUGAACAAGGCAAUCGAGGAGAUACGGCGUGAUCUGGGUGACCACGACAUCAUCUCCACGGACCCAGAUGACCUCCAUGCGCACGGGUACUCGGAGUGGUCAACUGUCAACCCGACCACCCUCCCCGUGGCCGUGGCAUACCCGCACAACACUGAGCAGGUUGCCGUCAUCGCCCGGAUAUGCAACAAGCAGCGCAUACCGCUGGUUCCGUAUUCUGGGGGCACGUCGCUUGAGGGUAACUUCUCGGCGCCGUUUGGCGGCGUCAGUGUCGACUUUGCCUUUAUGGAUAAGAUCGUGCGGUUCAGCAAGGACGACAUGGACGUCACGGUGCAGCCGAGUAUAGGGUGGCAGGACCUGAACGCCCAGCUGCUCAAGAUGGACACGGGGUUGUUCUUCCCCAUCGACCCGGGCCCAAGUGCAAAGAUAGGUGGGAUGGUGGGUACCAACUGCUCGGGGACCAACGCCGUCAGGUAUGGCACCAUGAGAGACUGGGUCGUCAACCUGACGGUUGUUCUGGCUGAUGGUUCGGUCAUCAAGACGAGGAGAAGGCCGAGAAAGUCGUCUGCCGGGUAUAACCUCAACGGGUUGUUUGUUGGGUCCGAGGGCACACUGGGUCUUGUAACUGAAGCCACUCUCAAGCUUGCAGUCAUUCCAGAAGAGCUUUCGGUAGCCGUAGUCACCUUCCCCUCGAUCCGUGACGCUGCGGCGGCGGCAGCCGGUGUGAUGCAAGCCGGAGUUCCAGUAGCGGCCAUGGAGAUCAUGGACGAGGUGCAGAUGCGGGUGGUAAACCUGAGCGGGGCGACGGCGCCUCGCAAGUGGCAGGAGACGCCGACGCUCUUCUUCAAGUUCUCGGGGACCAAGGCGGGCGUCAAGGAGAAUAUAGGCAAGGUGCAGCAGAUCGCAAAGGCCAACAAGGGCAGCAACUUUGAGUUCGCCAAGGACGAGCGCGAGCAGAAGCUGCUGUGGUCGGCGCGCAAGGAGUCGCUGUGGUCCAUGCUGGCGCUACGCAAGGAGGGCCAGGAGGUCUUUAGCACCGACGUCGCCGUGCCCUUCUCCCGGUUGGCGGACCUGAUCGAGGUCAGCAAGCGUGAGAUGGACGACCUAGGCCUGUUUGCAAGCAUCUUGGGCCACAUUGGCGACGGUAACUUUCAUGAGAGCAUUAUGUACAACCGCGGGGAUCCGGUCGAGAGGGCAAAGGUAGAGGGGUGCGUCAAGAACAUGGUUAACCGGGCUCUAGAAAUGGAGGGCACUUGCACAGGUGAACACGGCAUUGGCUGGGGAAAGAAGGAAUCUCUUCUGGUGGAGUUGGGCGCAGGGACCGUUGGAGUUAUGAAAGCCAUCAAGGCCGCAUUGGAUCCCCAUUGGAUUAUGAAUCCCGGCAAAAUAUUCGAUAGACACGACGGUGACAAGUCUCAGUCUUGA